AUGCAAAAUAGUAGUACAACGAUGAAAAUAGUGAUGUUGGGUGAGGGUCGUGUGGGAAAGACAUCCCUACUUGAGCGAUUUGUUAGUGAUUCAUUUCAGGACGACUGCGAAUCUACAACUGGGGCCUCAAUGUAUGCCAGCGUCAAUAUUAGUACUUUCAAUGGGGUUACUGCCAAGCUUUCUUUGUGGGAUACAGCUGGCCAAGAACGUUAUCAUGCUUUAGGACCUAUAUACUACCGUGAUGCACAAGGUGCCAUAAUCGUUUACGAUAUAACGGACUAUGAGAGCUUUGUAAAGGUGAAAGUUUGGUUAAAGGAACUUCAACAAGUGGUUGGUAAUAACAACAUAUCGGUAGUAGUAGUUGGAAAUAAAAUUGAUUUGGAGCGCCAACGACGCGUCACAGUCAAGGAGGCAGAAGAAUGGGCAAAUGGACUACAUGCAAAACAUUACAGUGUGAGUGCAAAAUUAGGGCUUCAUGUAGCUGAGCCGUUUACUGAAAUUGCGACGAAUGUACUCAAUAGAAUCAGCGAAGCAGAUCGCAUAUUACACCCACGACCACGAAUGAUUAAAAAUGAAGUAACAAAGCUAAAUUCAAUGGGAUUAAGACCACCACCUCAACGGCCUCGAGGUAUUAAGGUGCAAUUGAAUGAUAAAAAUGAGGAUAACGUCUCUUCCACAGAUCAACACUGCAGUUGCUGA